AUGGCUCCCUCUGCUAUUGAGGUUGACUCUGUCAACACCAAGUCCAAGUACCCUGCUCCCCUCCAACUAUCGGGCGCCCUCAAGGAUUAUGAACACUUCGAAGUCACUCCUUCCAUUGGUCGCGAGUACCCCAAGGCCAACUUGGCAGAUCUUCUCAAUGCUCCAAAUUCUGAUGACUUGAUCCGAGAUCUGGCAAUUACCAUCUCCCAGCGAGGUGUCGUCUUCUUCCGUGCACAGGACAACCUCACCAACGAGCUCCAAAAGAAGCUCAUCAUCAAGCUCGGUGAGCUCACAGGUCGUCCGUCGACCUCGGGGCUACAUAUCCACCCAGUGCUCAACUCGCAGCGAGACCUGGGUGGCGAUGACCUGGAGAUCAGCACCAUCAGCUCCAAGCAGCACAAGCAGAUUUACAAGAAGCCAGAGGAGAACGACGGAGUCGUCCCGAACAAGAAGGAAGGCCCCCAGUGGCACGCCGACAUCUCCUUCGAGCCCGUUCCCGCAGACUAUUCGUCUCUGCGCCUGACGGAGCUACCAGCAACUGGAGGAGAUACUCUCUGGGCGUCAGGAUAUGACAUCUACGACCGACUCAGCCCGGCUUAUCAAAAGUUCCUAGAGUCUCUAACUGUCACGUUCAAGCAGCCAUACUUCAGCCAGGCAGCGGAAAGGAACGGCUUCAAGCUCUACGAGGCGGAGAGAGGAUCUCCAGAGAAUGUAGGAAGUGAACUGAAAGCCAUUCACCCCGUCGUCCGAACCAACCCCGUCACCGGCUGGAAGAGCGUGUUCCCAGUCGGAGGACACGUCGGCCACAUCAACGAUGUGACCAAGGAGGAGAGCGACAAUCUUCUCAAGUGGUUCCUCAAGAUCGUAGCAAGAGACCACACUCUUCAAGUCCGUCUCAAGUGGCAACAGCCUAAUGACAUCGCCAUCUGGGACAACCGCAGUGUGUUCCACUCUGCUACCUUUGACUACCUCGAUAUUGGUGACCGUUUUGGUGUGCGCGUAGUCGGUAUCGGCGAGAAGCCUUACUUUGAUCCUCAGAGCAAAUCGAAGUUUGAAAGCUUGAACGCAGCUUCUGCAUAA